GACUCACCCUUGUCCUUGUCGACUCUCAUGACGACGACGACUUCAUUGCGCCCGACGCGGAUGAGCUUUUGGAUCGAUCUGAUGCGUCGCCGGGAGAGCUCAGAGAGCAAGAUCAUGCCCUCGAUGUUGUCAUAUUCGAGCUAGGUUUCCGCGCCCCCUCGAUCAGACAGGCCACGCGCUCGCCAGAGGGAGCAGACCGACCAGCUUGACGUAGGCACCCAUUUCUUGGAUCUGCUUGACCUGUACCAUCACCAGCUCGUCCACUUCGGGGAACCUGGGCGUGGUCCAUGUCAGCUGUACCACCCGACAGUCGACUGUGCUCACUUUGACGCAUAGAACCGCAUCUUGACCGACUGCCUGUCCUGUGGUGAGCCUCAAAUUUUUUGGCGUCGACGCGCGACGAGCCAAGGCCCAAAGAGGCGGCAAUGCCGUCGCUCCUCGCGAGAUCUCUGCCUGACAAGCUCCCUCAAGUCACGUUCAGGAUCAUCAGAGGGGAUGACCACGAUGCCAAUCUCGCUCUGGGCGUCGAUCCGGCCAAGUAUGAGCUCGGACUCGGCGACAAGCUCGCGAGCUCGUUCGGCUACAAUCUCGAUGACCAAGACUGGUCUUUCCCAGCAUCAGGAGGCUACAUCAAGUGGUUUCCUCCAAUGGAGUCAGAAAUCGCAAAGCAAGUCGAAUAUGACAUGGACGAGCAAGACGAGCAAUGGCUCGAGCAACUCAACAAGGAGCGCCGCAAAUCUGGCGACGAUCCGGUGUCAUGCGAGUACUUUGAGGUCGUCAUGGAUCGUCUCGAGAAAGAAUGGUUCGAUCUCACCAAGCGGAUCCCCAAGCCAGCUGCAGUCGCGCUUGCAGAAGACUCGAGGUGCGCCAUCUGUGACGACGGCGAAUGUGAGAAUUCCAACGCCAUCGUCUUUUGUGACGGCUGCAAUCUGGCUGUCCACCAAGAUUGUUACGGCGUACCGUACAUUCCGGAGGGCCAGUGGCUUUGCCGAAAGUGCACUGUCUCGCCUGACAAGCCGGUCUCUUGUGUACUAUGCCCUGCCGAAGGAGGCGCCUUCAAGCAGACGACGGCAAACCAGUGGGCUCAUCUGCUCUGCGCCAUCUGGAUACCAGAGACCGGCAUCAGCAACGUCGUCUACAUGGAGCCCGUCGAUGGCGUGAAUCACAUUCCCAAGAGCCGCUGGAAGUUGCAAUGCUAUCUCUGCAAGAGGCGCGUUGGUGCUUGCAUCCAAUGCGCCAACAGAAGCUGCUAUACUGCCUUUCACGUCACUUGCGCCAGAGAGUACAAUCUCUACCUCAAGCUACGCCCGGUAAGUGCCCAGGCUGACGACGACAGCAAGAACGAAGCAUACUGUCAUCGCCAUCAUCAGGUCGGGUCAGCAUCAGAGAUCGAUGAAGAGUCACAAGAUUCCUUUGUCGCCUCGGCCUCACGUGGCAGCAAACUUGUGCCACCCUCCCUCAAGCGCAAACGUGACGAGUCCCCUGUAUUGCAGCGUCGUAAAGCCAAUCCUGCAGCUGCAAAGAUCUCUCGCGCUUACAAAAAGUCUUACUCCCAAGGCCCGCCGCUCGUCCCCAAUUACAUCCACGGCAGAGUCGCUGCUUACACCGAACGCAUCAAGCUUCGUAACAAGAGGCAGACAAUGUCACUCGUCUGUAAAUAUUGGUCACUCAAGCGAGAAGCUCGUCGGGGUGCACCUCUGCUGAAGCGACUUCAUCUCGAGCCUUGGACCGCCAGCACCGACGACCCGCAGCAAACAGACCACGAAAAGGCGCAGAAGCUAGAGCUCAUCCUGGCGCUCAGGAAUGAUCUAGAGAGAGUCAGAAUGCUGGCAGAGCUCGUGAGGAAGCGUGAACGAGAGAAGCUGCGCCGGGUGCAAGCAUUCCAGGAGGCUAUAGACAAUCUGCUGUUCUCGCGCGACGCCCGCAUGCGUGCUCUGCUGGCCAGUAUCCGGGAGCAAGACCCGCAGGGCAUCUUCAAUGAGCCCGUCUUGCAACAGGAAGUGCCCGACUACUACGAUAUCAUCAAAGAGCCUCGAGAUUGGUCGAGCAUCGCCAACAAGCUUGACUCGCACCUCUACGACUCCGCUGCUCAGCUCAAAGCAGACAUUGAGCUGGUCUUCGCCAAUGCCAAAGCCUACAAUAAGCCAGACAGUCGCUAUCACAAACUCACGCUCAAGAUGGAAAAGGCGUGUGAAGGCAUGCUGCUCGAGUUAGGACAGCUGGAUCGAGACCCUUGCUUCGAAGCGCAAACAACGGUGGUCGACCAAGCAGCGAUAGACCAACUUACGCACCUGGAUCCAGAGCCAGUCAAGGUCAGCCUGCCUGCUGCCACUACUAGCGCGCAAGCUGGCGAGCGAUCAUCGAAGAAAAAGAAGGACUUCAGUGCACUCACACCAGGCGUCCGAUCGAGUGCGCGCGGUAAUGACGCAGGAAAGUCUGCAGAAGACGUAGACAAUGCUGAGGAGCGCUUACGACUCAAACGGGAGCGUCAGCAAGAGGCGCGUAGGCUUGCCAGAGAAGCAAAAAUGCGCUCGCGAGAGCGGAGCGAGGCACGACGUGCUUCGCAAGGCAUUGUGCUCGACGGCGGGGUAUCGGAGCGUAUUAUGUUUGGCUUGUUCGAAUCUGGCUGGAUACUGCCAGAGGGUGCCAGUCGAAGAGCAAGGACACAGCCGGCACCUAUCAGCACUGGCGACGGCGCUGCCUCUCGCGUUGCGCAGGCCGAUGCAUCGUCUAGUGAGCUAUCGUCUGUCUCAUCUCUCUCGCCGCUCCCGUCAGAGGAUGGACAAGAUUCGAUUGCGCGCUCAAAGCUGAACGUUGACGCUAUCGACCUGUCGUCCGAGCUAAGCAGUCCCCGCGAUGUCAGCAGUCCAAUCAAGUCUGUAGCUUUAGCUGCCGAUACUACGAGAGCCACACCGAAAGCGCGACAGAGUCUAGGUCAAGCUACUCCGACCAGGCCGCACCUCGCCACUUCUCACCUUGGGCUGCACAGCGCGCGAGCGAGCCUGGGAUCAAGCACUACCUUUGCUUCGCUCUUGAAGCGUGUCACAUUAACGCCAUCUCAGUGCGUGCCUGGUCUGAUCGUAUGGGCGAGCAUACCACGCUCUGGCUGGCCGGCAUACCCUGCCAUCAUCGUCGAUCCGACAUCUGUUAUCGAGCAGGUGCCCAAGUCAGUCAUCGCCUCACGUCCGGAUGGUCCAAGUGACCCGGACAACCCGUUGAUCCUCGUGCAGUAUUUUGAUGCGAGUCGCAAUUGGGCGUGGUGCAGAGGUAACGACUGCCAGCGGCUUGGCGCGUCGCUCGAGUUUGACGAAACGAUUCAAUCGUCGAAGCACCUCAAAAAGCAGAGCCAUCGCAGACAGGCCAUCAAGAAAGCUUAUAGCCUCGCUCGCGAACUGCUGCCGUGAUGCAAUGCAUU